CUGUGCUCCGGAUGACUGGACAGACACAGGCUGCUACAGACGGAUAACUAACGUUAACUGAAUCUCUGCUCUUUUAACUGGACUUUAAUCCAUUUUAAAUCAACCAUGAAGCUGACAGUGGACACAGGCUCAGUUUGGGGAUGUCCGGGCUGCGCAGAAGUUCAAACUUGUGCGAUUUGACCAUGGAAACCAAGAGGAAGAGGACAGCAGACCACACGACAACAGAGCCAGUUGACUAAGGGCUCUGAAGCCCCGGCAGAUAACGGACCAAUGGACGAUGUGAAAACUGGACCAAACCGGGACUGAAUCUCCUGCCCGGGUCUCCUCCUGCUUUAACUCACCCUCCUCUCCGUGCCAGAUGCCUCCGCGGGGCGAUGGGAGCUACAAACCGGCUCCGGUGUCCCCUGCUCCUCCUGUCCCACCGAGGAGGGUCCGGAGCCGGGACAGGGGCUCCGGCAGGACGCGGCGGUCCGGGGCAGGGGCAGGGGCAGCGGAGAGGCGGGUGAAGUGCGUGCUGGUGGGGGACGGAGCUGUGGGGAAAACCAGCUUGGUGGUUAGCUACACCACCAACGGGUAUCCCACGGAGUAUGUCCCGACCGCGUUUGACAACUUCUCAGCGGUGGUGUCAGUGGACGGGCAGCCAGUCAAACUACAACUGUGUGACACAGCUGGACAGGAUGAGUUUGACAAGCUGCGUCCCCUGUGCUACACCAGUGCAGAUGUGUUCCUUCUGUGCUUCAGUGUCGUCAAUCCCGCCUCUUUCCAGAACGUUCCUGAGAAGUGGGUUCCAGAGAUCCGGAAACACGCCCCCUUCGCACCACUUGUCCUCGUUGGGACGCAGUGUGACCUCCGAGAAGAUGUCAAGGUUCUAAUUGACCUGGCUAAGUAUCGGGAGCGACCCGUGGACCCAGGUGACGCCCGGGACUGUGCGAUGGAGAUUGGAGCUGUGACCUACUUGGAGUGCUCCUCUCUGACCCAAAAAAAUCUUAAGGAAGUGUUUGACACAGCCAUAUUGGCCAGCCUACAGAACUACAGCUCCCAAAAGCACCAGAGAGGGAAACAAAAACUACGAAAAAAGCAAAGGCAGACACCAGACAAGAUGAAGAGUCUGUCAAAGUCAUGGUGGAAAAGGUACUGCUGUGUGGCCUAGAGCAGACCUGUGAUGGGUUUGGGUCUUUCCGUCAGUGGGGUCUAAGACUGAUUUUUUAUUGACUGUAUCCUGGUCUGGAUUCAGCUGGAUUUGGGUUCUGCCUGGACUUGCUUUCAGUCUGGGUUUCUCUCUAAUGAAGCCUGAUGCUGAGCAGGACCUCGAUUGGAGUGUGGCUGAGAACCAAAGUAAGACUGUCAUGGAUCUAGAAUGUUUUUGUUUUUUGUUCGGCAAGGGGUUUUAGUCUUAUCAUGGAUGAGAUUCACUACUGAGCCCAGUCUGGUUCCUGAUGAACCUUCUCCGAAAACCAAGCAGUACUGCUGUGUCCUAGAAUGAAUAAGUAUAGUCAGGCUCAAAGUUUGGUCAGACUCAUAUCAUAUCAUAUCUUAUUUGGAAAUCAUCUAAUGCCAAUUUCUUUCUAUGAGGAUUAAAAAUCAACACCUGCAUGUCUUCACACUAGAAAGAUUUCCAAAAAUAAUUGGACAGCGAAUCCUACAAAAUAUCUUAAUACUAGCAAGAAACUGAACAGUGAAACAUGUCAAGACUGUCUGAAUAUCCGUGUGAUGAAAACACAAGCAUUGUUCUGUAAGAGCUAGUCGUAUCUUUACCCAGUAAGACACAGCACUGAAUCUAGGAGUCAGUGACCUACUUCAGGUUUCCAGUGGUAGCUGUGCUAUUUUAUCAUCCUCAUCAAUCCUGCGUUAAUACUGAAGGACUGUGCAGUCUGUGAAAAUGGACUGGUUCCAGUGUGGUUUGGUUAAAUAUCAGUCUUUGUACUGCAGAGGUUGACUUUACCUCUGCAAAGUGAUGGGACAGGAGAACAUUUUGCAGUUUUACUGUUUGGCUCCUCUUUGUAAUGAUCAUGUUGUUCCACAAGCCACAACUUUGCUCAGUACAGUAGCCAGGUGACUUCUUUAGAGCACCCUUUUCACAUGCAAAGGAGGAAUUCUACAACUGAGGAUAUGGAAAUAUGAAUUUGAAACGUUGACCUUAUGUUUCAACCAGUAAUUUACAUCAGCUGCCACAGUUUGCAAGGCAGGCAAAAACUACAUAUGUGUUUCAGAUAAUAGUACUGCUUAGUGCAUAUUUGAUUUUUGUUUCCAGAUACUAAAUCAGCCCGAAGUGUGAGCACUUAAGGAUUACAUGAAUUGCUCUUUGCAUGUGUUUGAAUUUGGCAAAACGGGCUCAGCUAUUUGUUUGUGUAGGUGUGUAGCAAGAAGAUGAUUCUGAACAAAGUGAAAUUGAGGUAAAUUGAAAGUGAAGUUGGGGGGUUUUCUUCGCUUUUCAAUGCAAUUAUGUAUGUAAGACUGUGAAGUUCGAGUUGUUUAUGUAUUCAGUGAAAUCUUUUCUUAGUAGUUAUGAACAAUAGUUUGAUUCAUCAUGUUUGUUUCCUUCCUUUGCCCUAAAUUUGAUCUUCUCCUUUAUUACAGUAGCAGCCAUAGAGCCAAUUCUACCAUUCUGAAUCCAUGCUGCUUUCUUACUACAGAGACAUCCAUUGUCCAUCCUAUGUCUACUUAAUGCUCUGUUAGUUCUGCAGCUGCCUCUGCAGGCUGUUCCCUCACCAAUAGACUCGGUUUUAUAUGUUAGGAAGCAGAAAUAAAACUGCAAACUGAAACACAAAAUGUGUGGCUGUCAAACACUCAACUGCCACACCUUCCUUUGUACAUUGUAGUUUCUAAAAUAAGAACAAAAACCCACUAAUUUAAAACAAUUUCUCUACAGUGCCUACAUCUGAAUGGCCCUUUGUAUUAGAGACCCUGCAGCAGAAAGAGAAAAGAGUGCAACCAGGUUGGAGUCUCUAAUGGACUGAAGUAGAUCUGCAGUUUAGGAUUUUCACUCUUGCAUUUCUUAAAUUUAAACCUAAACUCCUUUCUAGAAAAAAACUUUAAACCUUUGUCUGACAAGCAACCCAAAGUUUAGAAGAAUGUUAAAAUGUCAAGGUUCAGGGUUAACAUCUGCACAAUGUGUUCAAUGUUUAACUGGACCCACCUCACAACAUUUCAUUGGACAACUAAUAUUCUGUUAAUUCUGUUCCAAGUGAUUCACCCCAGUGAUCCUAACCUCAUGUUUCUCAUAUUAUCUCUUUAAAAGUCUGCAAUAACCCUGCUCUGUACAUCCUGGGCUAAGGGUGAGGGAUAUCUGAUUCUCUCAGUGUGAAAUAAAUGUUAGCCCAAAGCUGCAGGAGCUGUAAACCCUGAGCUGACAGGAGUCUUAUCCCAGGACCAAUUGUAGCGUGAAAGCCCUGUUAGUGAAGAAGUGAAGCUGUUUCCUGGCCAUCUCUUUUCUGGCGUGUGGUUCAAAGUUAGAUCUCUGCUGGUGUGAAAUGGAGUGAGCUGUGGUGUGCCUUGAAAUUCAGUUAACAAUAAUUCCUUUUACAUGUAACUCUACUGUGAAGUUAGUGUUCUAGUAACAAAGUAAGUUAAUUGUAAAUUUUAAGUUUAUUCUAACAAACUGAAAUUAAAGUUAAAGAAACAGUUUUGUGUUUUUCAGGUGCAUUCUGUCAGGUUAAUACACUACUAGAGCAUGUACAUUUUAGUUUUGUUUAGUUUUAACAAUUACACAGACAUCUGUGGAUCAUUUUCACCCAUUUAGUCCACCAAUCACUUAAACCUUUCUGUUAUGAUCUACAAAGUGUCGCAAGAAACUGAAGUACAGCCUAAUGUUGGCACCAAAAUCUGGUUUCUACUAGAUUAUCCUCUAAAACUGUUGUUAUGUUAUCCAAACUGAUCCUCAAGUUUUGCUAUAAUCUGGCAACAAUCUGUAUACUAAUACCAGAAUUAACAGUGUUUCUCUCUUAAACAAAUGUGAGAAAACAUAUGAAAUGAAAAUGUUUGGCCAUGUUAAGCUUCUGCCUCAAUGUAAAGCUGUGACUCCUGAUUUUAGCAGCGAGCGUUACUGGAACUGUUUGGUAGUUUUCUGCUGAAGAUGUUACAACUGAGACUGAAUGGGCUCACUGUGUCGAUGUUUUACUCAUGAUAGCAAAUGUAUUGUUUCUUACUGCGGAAAAGGCAUAAUAAGUUGCUUGUCUUGCUGUUUGUCUGCAGCCUUGGGUGAUGGUGGAUUUAAGUGGGCUAAAGGUCACACAGACCCUUAUAUGAUAGCUGGCAUUUCCUCUGUCAGGUUUUAUCAGUGUUGAAAUUCACAAUUUAUAGGGAGCUGAGUAAGUUUGUCAUCCCAGUGACUUUGUUUGCAUGCAGCAUGUCCUGUGUUAAUACUGAAAAAAAUCUGUUGAUUUAUUCCUAUGUAAAUACAUGAAAACAGCAUGAGAGAUAUCUUUGUAUGCUGCCGUUCAGUUAGUCAACAGUAACUUGCUUAUGUCUGACAAGGAUUUGAGAAUGAAUCUGUUUGUUUUGGUUCUCCUCUCUUUAUCUAGCCUAUAACAGCAAACUCAUAAAUUAGCUCAUGCUGUGUUCCUUUAAAGCAAGUAACUUUUUCUGAACAGCAUCCACUUUGGCCUCGAUUGACAUUUAUGGGAUAAUGUAAUGUACUGAAACGUACUUUAAGUGUAACACAACUAGAAAAGAAUCUAGGCAGUAAUGUUUCUAAAUGAAAUAAACAAACAUCAGCUCUCAUAUUCUACCAGAAGCUACUGGUCAUACCAGGACAAGUAAAGCUGUCGCAGCAAAACCCCUCAGUGUGUUUAACUGAACAAUGGUGCAUGUUUUUGCUUAUAAACUUGUUAUUUCUGCUUUCAGAAGUUACACAGUCUAACUUUGAUGUUGUAACUGCCGUUUAGAAGCCAGAAUAAGCCAGUUGACCUUCAGCAGUAUGUGUCCUGUAGGACAGAUGCACGGCUUUGUAAUGUAGGACAGAUGGGUCUCUGAAAGUGAAACUGUCAUGUGCAAUGAAGAGACGUGAUGCUGACUGUCCACUAGGUAGACAGGGUAUUGUGCUGCUAAGUUGGUGUUUUGUUGAAGGGGAGACAGAAAAUUCAAUGGUGCGUGUUUGGGACAAGUGCAAAGUCUAUGUUUUGGCUUGCCAUGAAGAAAUUUUACUGGUGGUCUAUAAGAGGACAGUGACAAUGGCUGGCUUGAGUUUGUGUGAUUUAUUUCGUAUUGGAACUGGCUUUUUUUUUGUUUGUUUGUUUGUUUUUUAAAGAAACAUUAUCUGCACUGAUUACAUUGUGAUGAAGUGACUCAUGGUUUGGAUGUUUAUAAACCAGGUUGGUGCAGGUAUGUCUGUGUGCCUCAUACAGUAUCAGUGUAAUCGUCUCAGUGAGAAUACCACCAAGUCUCACACAUCUACAUUCUUCUUCAUGUGUGAUUUGCUUCACUGAUAUCCAUAAAUGAUUAAUAUGAGUUUUUCUGUAUGUGAAUGGCCUGAAACUAAAAACAGCAUUUAUUUCACUUAACACCCACAUUGCUGUUGAUUGCACACGAAUGUACCAUGAAACCCAGUGAAUUUAAACAAGACAAAACAGCCUGGUGAAACUAACAAAAUGGUUCGUUCCUGACAUUUAGUUAAUUUUUCUCAUUGAGGUUGAUACCCUCCUAAAGCACACCUGAGCUCACUCACAUGGGACACCAGCUGAGAACGUCUCUUCUUCCCAACCCACUCAGCCUGUGUGAAACAUCACUGUUUUUAUUUUUCCUGCAUAUAAUAACAUGGUAACACAUAAUAUGCUGCCGCAAUCUGCUCACACUGAAUUCUUUGUCGAACUGAGGACGCCAGUCAAAGGAAGAUGUGUUUGUACAGAAGUUUUAUACUCUGAGAAAUAAAGAAUAUUUGGUUUAA